AACCCGACCCGAGCAAUUAAGAAAUGAAAAUGAUAUUUUGAUUCGGAGACACGACAGAAUCGGCUGGUGAGGGAGAUUAGAGCAAGAGAAAUCGAGAAAGCAGAAGACAAAUAACUCCGAUCGAUGGGUGAGAAGAGAGAAAUAAUUCCUCGACAGUAUGACCUAGAUGCCAAAUGGGAUGCCUCCCUUGAUCUCACCGUCCGCCGCUUCGUUUAUUCUUCAUUUGCCGGUGCUUUCGCCGGUCUCCUCUUAUUCAGGAGUCCUCAGACUCGCUGGGCAUCUAUUGCUUUUGGUGCUGGAGUUGGAAUAGGAUCUGCUUACACAGAAUGUUCUCGUUUGUUUGAUGGAUCUCCACCAAAGCUAGCACAACCUAAGGGCUUAGAGGCUCCUACUCAGAUUCUCACACAGGAUUCUGACUAGAUGCUUUUGAUGGAUCUUGGUUCCUGGACAGUGAAGCCAAACAUUCUUCUUGUGACUAUUGAUGCUUCUUUUACUCAGUUAUAGCAAUUGACAAUGUUGCACUCCAUGAUCAUAAAUUAACAUCGUGCAUGGAAUUUUUUUUCCAAGCUGUUUUCCUUUUGUUCUCCUGUAAUGCUGCGCUAUGUUUGUGUGGUGAAUUAUAUAAAAGAUUAAAAAAAGCUUUCUUCA